CAAUAUUUUAUCAAUAUUUGUUUCAACUAACGACUUUAACUCUAAACCCAGCAUAUGUUUCAUGUGUCACUGGAUGUGUGUUCACACAUUGGCUCUUUCUCACUCAGUCAUCCUGAUCCCGCUCUGUGAAUCUGGAACAUGCACUCUCAGUGAGGCUAUCAUCAUUGGCAGCAUACUCAAAGUGCUCAAUCCCUGUACUGCAUUCCAGUGCUGCCAUGCUCUAACUGGCAGAGAUGGAGCACAAUGGAGUCAACAGCAUCUUCCUGCGACUCUUACUGGACAAGAAAUACGCCCUGCCCUUCCGUGUCCUGGAUGCCCUGGUCGUGUCCUUCCUGUGCUGUGGCACCAAAGUCUGCUCACCCUGGCGCAGCGCUACAAGGCCGACCUGGCCUCCGAACAGAAGGCUGCACUGCUGGAGCUGCUUAAAUUGCAGACACCCCCCCAGAUUUCUGCAGAGAUCCGUCAGGAGCUGCAGAACCCGGAGUCCCGUGAUCUGGAAACCGCCACAAUGGCCUUGCACUGA